AUGGCCAGCCCGGGAGGGGGAAAUCUGUACCGGGAGGUCGUCGAAGAUGGUCAGAUCCGAGUUGACAACUCCCAGUCGUCUUUUGGCUCGCUGUCUCAGGUUGAUGACACAGUCAGAGAUCUUCUUCUUCAUCCGAAUGAGAUUGGGCGUUGCCGAGAGAACCCGCUGACUGAGAAGGGGAAACGAAUCCAGCUAGCCAAGAUGUUACUUCUCAUCAUCAUACCUAUAGUCUCCUUGGCUGUGCUCGCUGGUAUCGACCUCCACGGUAUCGCCUUGGGCAAUCGGCUCAAUGUCGAGGUGCGGAAUGUUAUCCGCUUUAGCAGAGACAUUGGUGUAUUGUUGAGCUGUCUUCAACGAGAGCGAGACAUGGUGGCUCUCUUCGUCAGCGCCAUCAGCCCCGACCAAGAUUCUUUCGUGACAGCCACUUUCCCUCAGACAGACGAAGCCUUGGAUGAACUCAAGGACUGGCCGGUCGAGACCUAUGUUGUCAAAGAGCUCCCCUACUUCCGCCACAAGGAAGACUUCAAGGAAUACCUAGCCCACCAUCGCCGCAAUCUCCAUCGCUCCAACACCACGGUGUAUGACGAAAUCGAUUUCUAUACCGACAUUCUGCAGAUCUUCAUCGAUUGGCUCUACGAUAGCAUUGGCAAUUCUAACGGGCAUGGUCUGUGGCAGACCUUAGUGUCUUAUCAACUCCUCAUCGUCAGCAACGUGGACAUCGGCAUUGCACGGACUCUAGGCUCCAUCUUCUUCGCCCGGGGUAAAUUCUACAGCUUCGACGACUAUGUCUGGUAUCUCAGCAAAAAUGACGUGGGAACCUGGAACUUCGAAGCCUCUAAGAGGUACUCACCUCUUAUCAACAGCUUCUACAAAGACCUGGUCACCACUAUGGAUGAAAACUUCGUCACCACUAUUACAAACCUGCGACAAGAGAUCUUAGACCACGCUGUGGAUGGGUUGCAACCCAACUUCGAGGCGGCCACUCUGUGGUUUGACAGCAUGACGGUCUACAUCAACAUCCUUGAGAGUAUGCAGAGCAAGAUGGCGGACGAGAUCCUUCUGAGACUAGAGAGUGACCUGGACAACGACACGAGCUCCAUUGCUGUCAGCAUCUGCUUGGUUGUCAUCGUCAUCAUCACCUGUCCCGUCAUCCUAAGAGCUUUUUGGUCCCUCACCACUGACAUUCAGAACUACGCUCUCAAUCUGGCCUCUCAGACCAAAGCUCUGAAUAAGCAGAGGAAGAAAUCCAACUGGCUUCUCUACUCCUUACUGCCCAAGUCUCUGGCUGCGGAUUUGAUGAUGAAAAAGCCGGCUGCUCCAUCUCACUUUGAUGAAGCUACUGUGAUGUUCUGUGACCUAGAAGGGCUGGGUUACAUCUGCUCUCAAAGCAGUCCAAAUGAGGUGGUAGAAAUGAUGAACGGCCUGUACCUCGUUUUCGACUCCUGUAUCGACCAAUAUGACGUGCACAGCGUUGAGACGCUGAGCGGCACAUUUCUGUUAGCUUCAGGUGUUCCCAAUCAUAACGGCACUAAGCACGUGAGUGAGAUAAGUGGUCUAGCCCUUGACAUUGUUCAUCACAUCAGUCUUCUGGAGGUACCGCACAAACCCUUCUGGGGUUUCAAAGUUCGCAUCGGCUUCCAUACAGGUCCAGUGAUUGCAGGAGUUGUCGGCUUGGAUAUUCCACGCUUCUGUCUCUUCGGUGACACUGUCACCAUAGCCUCUCAGAUGCUAACAACUGGCUGUGGUGAGUCCAUGAUCGCUUGA